UUUUCGAGGCACAUUUCGGCGGGUAGCACAACUCGACAGAACACCGGGCUGCAUUUCCACCUCUCAGCUUGAGACGCAGCCGGCAGGAUGGUCCGGGUGGUGUUCCUGCACCCUGAUCUGGGUAUCGGGGGUGCGGAGCGGCUGGUGGUGGAUGCUGCUGUAGCGUUGAUCUCUCGCGGCUGCAGUGUUCAGAUCUGGACGGCACACUAUGAUCCACAACACUGCUUCUCAGAGACGCUCUCGCCGGACCUGCCUGUGGUGUGUGCCGGCGACUGGUUACCCACCAGUGUGUUUGGGUACUUCCAUGCUAUCUGUGCUUACCUGCGCAUGAUUUAUGUAGCGUUUUAUCUGGUGUUUCUGAGCGGAGAGGAGUUUGAUGUUGUCUUCUGUGACCAGGUGUCAGCAUGCAUUCCUGUGCUGCGUCUGGCUCGCCACAAGAAGAAGGUCCUGUUCUACUGUCACUUUCCCGACCAGUUACUGACUCAGCGUCGCUCGCUGCUGAAGCGCCUCUACCGCGCUCCCAUCGACCGCCUGGAGGAGCUGACCACUGGCAUGGCUGACCGCAUCGUGGUCAACAGCAAAUUCACGGCUGGUGUUUUUAAAGACACUUUCCCUAAUCUGACCGGGAUCCACACGGAUGUCCUGUACCCCUCUCUGAACUUUGCUUCUUUUGAUGUAGAAGUGGAGGAAGAUCUUUCUGGUCUUCUUCCUGAGGGCCGGCGGGUCCUUUUCCUGUCGAUUAACAGAUAUGAGCGAAAGAAGAACCUGCCGCUGGCUUUGCAGGCGUUAGGCGCUUUGAGGGACCAGGUUUCCUCAAAACAGUGGGAGCAGGUACAUCUGGUGAUGGCUGGUGGAUACGAUGAGCGUGUGGUUGAGAAUGUUCAGCACUAUGAAGAGCUUCGCUCUCUGGCGGCCUCUUUGGGCGUGGAAGAGCACGUGACAUUCCUGCGCUCCUUCUCAGACCGUCAGAAAGUGGCUCUUCUUCACGGUAGCUGCUGUGUGCUCUACACUCCCAGCAACGAACACUUCGGCAUCGUGCCGGUGGAGGCCAUGUACACUCGCUGUCCUGUUAUUGCCGUUCGCUCUGGUGGUCCGCUAGAGUCUGUGGCACAUGGGGAAACUGGCUUCUUGUGCGAUCCCACUCCUGAAAGCUUCUCAGAGGCGAUGGGUCACUUUUUGACGGAGCCGGGACUCAAGCAGCGCCUGGGCCAGGCCGGACGUGACAGAGUCAUAAAGCGCUUCUCUCUGGAGGCCUUCACUGAUCAGCUCUACAGACACAUCCUCAGCCUCACCGAUUGAUGGUAUGACAUCACCGACAUCACCACCACCACCGAAUGGCUGUGAUCCGGCAGCAGAAGCAGCAGCAUUCCUCUGUGCAGGUUGCCUUGGAGGGGUCAAUGAAAGAAUGCGCUCGUUAAUUAGAGAAAAGAGCAGUGAACGAAUGGGCAGUUUUAACCUGUCUCGGACUCCGGCCAAAGGGACAAUGCAGACCCCGGCUUGGAUAGGGCCAGAAUGUGGAGCAGCCGUCUGACUGAGAGGUUAAUGAAUUACUGUUUGCUGGCUACAUUGAUCGCGUGUGUCAUCUCAGGGCCCUGAAGAGUGUGUGUGUGUGUGUGUGUGUGUCUUUUGCCUGCGGACCAUUAGAGAGUUUCUGGGGCAGGAAUCGAUGGGGAGUAUUUCUGUGCCCCGCUCCGUCUUAAAGCAUCUCAGCCUUUGUUCAGUAAUAACAAUAGCGGCUGUUAUUUCAGCCUGAAACUAGUGGAGCUCAUAAGUUAGUUAACUGUGAGGAAAGUUCUCUCAGAGACAAAGGGCCACGCUUCUGUAUUGGUUUUUGGGAUUGUUACUGACUCUCUGUGUGACUCUUUCUCAUAGAUGCUAUUGAUAUGAAGCUGAGGUCAUCAUUAAAAAGAAAUGAUGCACA